CUUUCUGAGCGAUAAAAGAGUUCAUGAUUCAGAGUGGUGGGUGGCCGGCUUGGUUGGAUAAGCAAACACAACUCUCACAUCGACGUCAGUGUUGGUUUAUCUUACUAGAAUUUGUUCAUCGCUUUCCGUCCCAUCUUUUUUCUAUCCGAUCACCUCGACAAUUUCACUUUAUUUUCCGAUCCGACCCACGGACCCAGGGGACCUGAACGGCUGCUCUUUCCCCAGAAUAUUGAGCCUCUGGACUAUUGGGUAUAAUAGUAUGACGAGACCACCCACAGUGCCUUUACAUUAGUGCUAGACACAUAACACGACUUACGAGUACUACGUAUCUUACGAUUCGACGAACGAACGGAGUACAUUUACAUCAAGUUAGCAUCAUAAUCGUCGAGAAUAGUAUUUACCCCACAAGGGCUUUGACAACACAAAGCAACGGCACACGCAUACCUUUAUAACUCCCAAAAUGGCUGCUCCUCCAACCCAGGGCUUCGACACAUCCUCCCUCUCCGAAAAGGACCUACGCGUCUUCCGCCUCUAUGGUCGUCUUCCCUCUAACCUCGCAUCCAAACCUCCCUCCACACCAGCCCCCUCCUCCACUUCAACAACCCCCUACACCACCCCUACAAACUCCGGCUCCUCUCUCCAACCGGCAACCAUAACAAGCACUGGUCCCAACGCGACCACCAACGCAGUGACCACCCGCUUCGCGCGUCAUCUCAGAGAGCGCAAGUACUUUGACUCGGGCGACUACGCUUUGUGCAAAGCCGGGCGCGGGAAUUCGGUGGAUGUUGGCAUGACUGGGUCUGCGCACCCGGCGCCGGAAGAGAUUCCGCAUCCCGUUCCGUUGUCGAUCAUGCAAAGGAGGAGGGGGUCGAGUUUUUGCGGUGGGGUUAGUGGGACCUUUCAUUUGGGGACACGAGAGGGGGAGGGGGAGGACGAUGGAGGAGGGUUGGCGGAUUCACCUGGCUUGGGGGGGUGGGGGAGGUAUAGGAGGUCGAGUCUGAGUGUGGAGGUUGUGGAUGCUGAUGGGGGAUAUGAGGUUGGGGGGGUGGAUGGGAGGAAAUGAAAUGAUCAUGGGGUGUUGUGGGUGGAGGUAGUUGGGUUCCUGGAUGCGUUGAGGGAUCUUUCAUUUCUUGAUGACGGCGGCUGUUGAGGUUGUGGCAUUAUGGCCGGGAGAAAUUGUUCUGGGCCGGGGCUUCCAGAUCGUCGUUUGUGUGGGAUGUUUUGUGGUCUUUGGUCAUUUCAUUUGCAUCGUCGGGUUUGUAGGCGACACAUUGUGAAAAUCAUUUGUGGCUUCUUGAAUGCGCUCAUCGUGUAUUCAUAUCCAAGUUGUGGUUGAUGAACGUAUUCGCACCGCAUAACUGGAAAAUUGUCAGUUCCGAAUGACUAUUCAUACCCAGUCCAA